UGCUGCAUCAACUGAUAUAUAAUCCAGAAACUGUUCACCAACGCUACAGAAGAAGUCGUGGGUCACUGUCUCCUCCUACAAUGGAGAAUGUUACUCUCAGCUCCAUCACCAACUUCACCUACGCCCAGCCUCUGGCUAAGAUGCCGGAGAACUCUCUGGAAGUCCAGGUCAUCACCAUAUUCCUCACGCUGCUGAUCUGUGGAGUGGGAAUAGCCGGGAACGUCAUGGUGGUGUUGGUGGUUCUCAGAACCAAACACAUGAUGACUCCGACCAACUGUUAUCUGGUCAGUUUGGCCAUCGCGGACCUGAUCGUUCUCCUGGCUGCAGGACUGCCCAACAUCUCCGAGGUGGUGGCGUCCUGGAUCUACGGCUACGCCGGCUGCCUGUGCAUCACCUACCUGCAGUACCUGGGCAUCAAUGUGUCCUCCUGCUCCAUCACCGCGUUCACCGUCGAGCGCUACAUCGCCAUAUGCCACUCCAUCAAAGCCCAGUUCAUAUGCACCGUCUCCAGAGCCAAGAAGAUCAUCGCCUGCGUUUGGAUUUUCACCUCGCUCUACUGCAUCAUGUGGUUUUUCCUGGUCGAUACUCACGAGAUGGUUUACGCCAAUGGCGUCAUCGUCCGCUGCGGCUACCGGGUGUCCAGGAACCUCUACAUGCCCGUUUACUUCCUGGACUUUACUCUGUUUUAUGUGAUUCCCCUGAUCGUAGCGACGGUGCUCUACGGGCUCAUCGCCAGAAUACUGUUCAUGAACCCGUUACCGUCCAACCUAUCAGAACGAGGGAGCGAUUCCAUCCACCAGGGACGCACCAACAGCACCGUCAAGGUCUCCUGCAAACCCAACAAGGGGGCAGUUUCCUCCAGAAAACAGGUGACAAAGAUGCUGGCGGUGGUGGUGGUCCUGUUCGCCCUGCUGUGGAUGCCCUACCGCACCCUGGUGGUGGUCAACUCCCUGAUGGACCCUCCCUACCUCAACACCUGGUUCCUGCUCUUCUGCAGGAUGAGCAUCUACACCAACAGCGCCAUCAACCCCAUCAUCUACAACGCCAUGUCCCAGAAGUUCCGCACGGCGUUCAAGAAGCUCUGCCACUGCAAGACUGGCACCAGCAAGGAGAAAGCAGCCAAGCACAGCGUGCCCGUUUACUACAGCGUCAUCAAAGACUCGUCUCACGAGAGCCCCGAGUACGAGACAGAGCAGGAGGACGUCAGCGCCUACAGCGUCUCCACCAAGAGGGUGAACUUCUCCGACCAGGCAGGAGGCGGAGCCACGGCUGGCAUGUUCAGUAUUGCUUGAGAUCUUAUUGGGUUCAAAGUUGAGAUUGACCAACUGUGUGGCUCAAGUGAGGUUGGGGGGCUUGUGAUAGGAACAUUAAAAAGCAAGGAUUUAUUGAGACAUUUGCAAUUUUUCAUUUUCACUGUACAUAACUUUCUGAUACACUCUCACUGACGCAAAGUUGAAAUGUUGAUUGAAAUGUACUGUAAUCUUUAUCUGUGUGAAUUUAAUUGAUAUAUUAGAGCAGUUACAUUAAAAGAUGGUUGGUUCCUCUAUUCUGGAUACAAGAUGAUACAAGAUUGAGACGGUUGGGUUUUGUGGAGGUUCUACAGGUUCUGUAUGGAUCCUGCAGCACAUUUACUUAACCACAGAUGUUGCUACAGCUGGGCCUGUAGAUCCUGUAGCUCUACACUCGUAGGUUGAAGCUGAAGCUGCAGAGUCCCAGCUGCUCCAUAAAUGCUGGACUGGUGAUAAAUCUGGAGAACAUUCAGGACGAGGAAGUGCUGUAAUCUGGUGGAGACUGUGUUCCUGAGAAAGUUCUACCCGAGAGGCAGCGACACAUGUAUCUGCAGGAUGUUCACUACUAGGGGUGACUGAUUGUUGAGAUGUUGAGAUGCGCCCCAGAUCAUCAAUCAAAGCAAGCAAAGGAAAGAUUAAGCAUCGAUCUGGGUUCUUUUUUUAUUUUGUCAGAGUGUGUGUGUGUGUAUAUAAUGUGUAUACUAUUUGUUAAAUACCUUGUGAAAAAGGUUUUUUGUUUAGAUUUGAGAGUUAACAACACAGAAUUAGAAUUAAGAAUGCAUGCAUUAAGAUCUACUCCUGCCAGUCAUUGUCAUACCUGCUUCUUGUUGGUCAGGGUUGCAGUUGGUCCAGAGCCUAUAUUGAGCCGCUGUCAUUGGAGACCUGAGAGAAGAACACCAUAGCACUGAAGCUAUGCAGCAGAGGGUAUAGGGGUAUAACAUAGUAUAGGGUAAUAUAGGGGUGUAUAGGAGGAUAGCGUUGUAUAGGCCAAUACAGGGGCAUAUAGGGGCAUAAGUUAGUAAAGGGUAAUAUAGGGGUUUAUAAGGGUAUAACAUAGUAUAGGAAAAUAUAGAGCAUAUAGGGCUGUAUAGGGUAUAAGUUACUAUAGGGUAAUAUAGGGGUGUAUAUGGAUAUAAUGUAGUACAAGGUAAUAUGAAUUUGCAGAGAAAAAAAAGAACAGAACCAUAGAUGGUUUUGGUGCCAGUUUUGGUACUAUGCGAGUAGAAAAGUGCUAUGAGUGGGUUCUGGAUAAAGAGUAAACAGAAGUUAUACUUUUAUUGGUUUUACUUUCAUUUUACUACCAAUACUACCAACUGUCCACUAUAUAUAUAUAAUUCCCAGGACAUCAGCAGCUCCAUCCUGUUACAGCAAAGUGGUUUAGACCAGGAGUCACCAGCCAGUAAUGGGACUUAAACCCACAACCUUCUUCUUUACCUCCAGGCUGGUACAGAACUGCUUUUGUCGAAGUUCAGUUCACUUCAGGAGUACUGUACUGAGAAACUACAGUGAUGUGAGAUAAUUUGUGAUGUUAUUUUUAAAGUUAAAUCAUGUUUAUAGAGUGUUCUUAUUUAUUUAUUUAUUUAUUUAUGUUCGUUGAGUGAGAAAUGGUGUUUCUGUGCCGUGUGGAGCUGUUUGAGCACUUUCCUUUCAGUAGGUCUGCAGCCUCUCUGGACCUCUCGCUGUAAGUGCUGAGAAAUGGCUCCUUUUACUGAAACACUUUCAGCUCCUCCUCAGCUCUGCUCUAACACUCAGACACACUGAGGCGUCUGAGAAAAAUCAGUGUUUCCUCUAAACAAACAAAAAAUAAUGGGUUUUCCAUCCACCGAGUGUUUUUUUUCCCUGUUAAAAUGGCCAAAAUUUACUUACACAAGGAGAUAGUGAAAAAAUUGACAAAGCCAAAAUUGUGAAAAAUAGUGAUGAUAAAGGAUUUUUUUUACUAAAUGACGAAUGUUUACCAAAGUUGUACACAUCCUGCAAUACCAUUUACCCCUAUACAUCCCUAUACUAGGCUAUACCCUCUAUCCACUACCCUACAAUUUCCUAUACACCCCAACACUCCC